AUGCCCACCACGAAUGUUAAUGUAAAGGCCACCGUCGCUAUAUUCGGUGGAACAGGAGACCUCGGCAUUCAUAUCAGCAAGAUAUUCCUGACGGAGUAUCGGUGGGCUUUCCCAACCAUUUGCAUCACUACUCGCGACCCCGCUUCUGCCAAAGCUCAGGAGCUGGCCAAACUCGGCGGGGAGCUUUACUCGUUCAACGACUCUUUGCACGCUAUCCUCGCCGGCGUCGAUCUCGCCGUGAACGUCCUGCCUACUUCGGUCGCUCCCGAGUUCAAAGCCGAGUUGCUCCAUGCCCUCGUCAGAAACAACGUAAAGGUCUACUUCCCAAGCGAGUAUGCCGGGUACGACUACAUUCACGACAAUCUGUUCCCCGGGUACGAGCACGAAGAGUGGGCCAAGAAGCGCGCUCUUGCCCUCGAGACCCGUGCUAUCUUGGAAGGCAAGGUCAAGAUCAUCAACCUCAACACCGGAGGCUUCCUGACUUGGUGGAUUGGCCCCGGGCGCGUGUUCAACUGGGACCCCGCCGAGAACGUCUACAACAUCGUAGGCCCGAGCACCGUCAAGAACACUCUGACGCACCAGUCCGACAUUGGGCGCGCUGUAGCGCAGAUCUCCGUCCUUGCGCUUGACCCCGCGACUGCGUCGACGGUUCCCACCGACAUCCGCAUCGCUGGCAACGUCGUGAACUACGAAAACCUUCGCGACAUCGUAUCUCGUGUCGAGGGGAUUCCGAGGGGGGAGAUCAUCUGCAAGGACAUUGCAGCUGCCAAGGAUGCUCUGAGCCAGGACCCGACCAGCAACAUUCUCGACUAUGUGGUCAUCCUCACUGGGGAGGGAAACAUGGACUUUACCGUCAACGACAAUGAGUUCGUGAACCCUGGCCAGAGCUUGUGGAAGUGGAAGACCGUAGAGGACGAAUUCCGAGGGCUGUAG